AUGCAAACUCUCCUCAUCCUCAGAAGUAUGCUGCUGUGGUUUCUGUUGUUCUCUGUGCUGGGUGAUUCCUCCUGGGAUAAAUCACAAGUAAAACAAAGGUCAGAUAGACUUCAAGACUUGCUUGGCAACAUCUCCAAGAUCAAGGAAAAUCCCAUCCCCAUAACCUCCUGCUCCACAGAUGUGUCCAAAGUGGUGUCUCGCGAGAAUUGGACCAAAUAUGCCCUGAAUUGCAGCACCCAGCUAGCCAGACCCGUGCGUUUCCUUAUAAUACACCAUAUCCCAGGAUUGGACUGUGAUAACAAAACCCUUUGCAGUCAGAGGCUGCGGGACCUACAGAUGUACCAUGUACACAACAACAGCCGGUGUGAUGUGGCCUACAACUUCUUGGUUGGAGAUGAUGGCAGGGCAUAUGAAGGCGUUGGCUGGGGCAUCCAAGGCAUGCACACCCAGGGCUAUAAUAACAUCUCCCUGGGCUUUGCUUUCUUCGGCACCAAGAGCGGUCACAGUCCCAGCCCCGAUGCCCUGUCAGCCAUGGAGGGCCUGAUCUCAAGCGCUAUCCUGAAAGGCCACUUGUCACCCAUAUACCAUCAACCGCUACUUGUGAAAGGUGAAAAUUGCCUUGCUCCAAAGCAGAAGACGAGCCCCAUGAAAGUGUGCCCUGACAUUGUCCCACGAUCUGUUUGGGGGGCAAGAGAGACCAAGUGCCCCAAGUUGACCUUACCCGCCAAGUAUGCCAUCAUCAUUCAAACUGCUGGAAGAACCUGCAACAUGUCUGAUGAGUGCCGCCUGCUGGCUCAAGAUAUCCAAUCACUCUUAAUGGACAAAUAUGGUACAUGUGACACAAGCUAUAAUUUCCUUGUAGGUCAAGAUGGUGCCAUUUAUGAAGGAGUGGGCUGGAAUGUCCAAGGCUAUCAUACACCUGGCUACAAUGAUAUUGCUCUAGGCAUAGCCUUCAUGGGCACCUUCUCAGGUACCGCUCCCAAUGCUGCAGCACUGGAUGCUGCCCAGAACCUGAUCCAGUGUGCAGUGGCCAAAGGAUACCUGAUUCCCAACUAUCUGCUGGUGGGACAGAGUGAUUUGAUGAGUACCUUGUCUCCUGGACAAGCUUUGUACAACAUCAUCAAGUCAUGGCCUCAUUUCAAACACUGA